UUUUUCGAAAGGCGCUCUCUAGUUCCAACUCAUCCGCAAGUUCUCAGCGAAUAUCUCAUUUUCAGGCGCCAAAGCGAAAAAGCACCAAACUCAUUGCUCUAUCCCAGGAGAAGAGCCGACAAAUUCACUCGCAUCCAUUUGGCUGUCCGUUGCAUUGGAGCCUGUUGCAUAUUAAUGAGCCCUCAUGUCUGCUUCACUAGGGCUUGUCAUUUACUCGGCAGUUAAGCCGAUCUUCAAGAUCUACUUCAUUAUCGGCAUGGGCUUUUUCUUGGCCAAACGCAAUAUUUUGCCGGUAUCGACAUGCCGAGACAUUUCUGAUCUCGUCGUGACCGCGAUCAUGCCCUGUUUGAUUUUCAACAACAUUGUGUCUUACUUACAGAGCUCAGACAUCAAGUUCAUCGGCAUAGUUUUUUUUGAGGGCACGCUUCUUUUUUUCAUGGGUGCCAUGUUGGGGCUUCUCACCCAUUAUGUUUGCAGGUCUCCCAAGGCAUGGUUUGGUGGACUUAUAUCCGUGGGCUUGUUCCCCAAUAUCUCAGAUCUUCCUAUCGCGUACUUACAGACCAUGGCUAAAACAGAUAGUCUUUUUACCAGUGAUGAGAGCGACAAGGGCGUAGCAUACGUGUGCAUUUUCCUUGCUGCACAGGUCUUCUAUCAGUUCAGCUUGGGGCUUUUCAAAUUGGUGAGGUAUGAUUUCCGGGAUCAGCUUGCCAAAGCCGAUGCGGAGCAGGAAGUAGGUGGGUCUAAACUUGAGGCUACAUCCACUAGCAGCGAGUCAUUGGUAUUGCCCAAGCCCAAAAUCCCAGAUGCCACCACAACCUAUUCAGACGACUCGGAGUCAAUCGAUUCCGCCGACCCUGCCGAGCUCGAGGCCAAGUCUUUCUCCGAAGAGGGAGCACAAACAGGGAAUACCCAGGAUAUCGCAUCUGAAAAGGAGAUGUCUGGGAAGAAUCCGGAAGAAGAAGCCGAAGAGGAACCAUCCGAAAAGAAGAUACAUGAAAAAGAAACACCUGGAAAGGAGGAAUCACAAAAUGAAACCAGCAGCCAGCUCUCCAAAAACAUGACGCACAUGUCCGGCCUGUGCUUGCGUAGAAGGCGCCUGUCCAGCUUCGUUCUAGAUAAUCCGCUUCACAUGACUCGUACCACCGAUUCGUGUCUGGAAAUAUCCGAGGAUAUAGGAGAUAUUAUCCACGAGUACUCGGAAUUCAAGAGGCUCAAAACUCACGAGCUGCACCGGCUGCUCAACGCCACGGAAGACAGAAGAAGCGACGAAUAUCAGCUCGAGGAAGAGCUGCCAGUACCUACCCGGUCAUUUGCUCUGCGGCUCAAGAAAAAUGUGAUACUGACGCUCAAGAACUUUCUUGCACCCAAUUCAGUGGCACUCAUAGUCUCUCUCGCCAUUGCCAUGUCGCCACCGCUUAAGGCGCUAUUCGUGACCACAAGUUUCCCCAUGCCACUGGCGCCGGACGAGCAGCCGCCGCUUUCUUUUGUCAUUGAUAUUGCAAGUUACGUAGGCGCUGCAUCUGUGCCUUUAGGUCUUCUCAUACUAGGGGCCACGAUUGCGCGCUUGAGGGUGACGGCAAUUGUGCCUGGAUUCUGGAAAACUGCCGUCAUGAUCACUGCAUGUCGAUUGAUUGUUUUGCCGAUCUUUGGGGUUGGAUUGACCACUGGUAUCUACAAGGCCGGCUGGUAUGGAGACGACAACUUGAUUCGCUUUGUCAGUGUGUUGGAAUACGGACUUCCCAAUGCCACGGCGUUGGUAUACUUCACCGCAUUUUACACGGAUCCAGACUCGCCCGACCAUCUCCAAAUGGACUGCUUGGCUAUCUGCUUGAUCGCACAGUACUCGGUCUUGUUCAUAUCGCUACCUUUCCUUGUCACCUUUAGCUUGAAAGUCUCGAUGGGGUUUUAAGCGCGACAGAUUCCUUUGGAUGAUAGAAGCUUUGUUGGAAAAACAUAAUCGGGACGAAUGAUUGUUACAUGUCCUGAAAGACUUAGGCUCGCGGAAAGGUCUUCGACCGGUGCAUCACAUAGUGGGUUUGAUUGGGAGAGUAUGCG